AGUAUAAAUCAGGCGCCGCCUCUCAUCAAAUGCAGUGAUAUUACCCGAUUCCACCUUUUCUCUACCAACUUGAUUCCAUAAAUACUCACAAUUUCUCGAAUUCAUUCACCCAAAACCUCUUAGCUGUUCAAUUUCUUCACAUUUUCUCGAGAAUCGUAGAGGAAAUCAAUGGCUUCCAUUCAUUUUUCUUCCCCAUCAACUUCGAUUUCUCGCUCUGGUUCCAGACUGUUCAAUGGUAUGCUAUGUGGAAACAUUCAGUAUGUGAAUGGUGUGGAAGUCUUCAAACAGCCCAAUUCCAAGUUCGCCAGUUUCAGUAUUAAGGCCAAUGGGAAAAUCAAGUCAGCUCUGUUCUCAGCAGAAAAUGGCUCUCUUCCACGUUCUGCUGGUUCUGAUGUUGCAAGCAACGUUCUCGUCAGUGAUAUAUCUGGCGGGGUUGAGGUACAGUCGGAUUCCGUAGUAUUAGGAGCUCUUGCAGCUGAUAUGGCUCCCACAGCUAGCGGGUUCCCUCUUGAAAGUGACGAAUACGACUUGGACAUGCCAUCACAAGGUUUCUCAAGUAUUCCCGAGUCCAUCAAAGACAUCCGUGAAGGAAAGAUGGUCGUGGUUGUAGAUGACGAGGAUAGAGAGAAUGAAGGUGAUCUCAUAAUGGCUGCAUCGAAAGUUACCCCGGAGGCUAUGGCAUUCUUUGUGAAGCACGGAACCGGAAUAGUUUGUGUGAGCAUGAAGGAGGAAGACUUGGAGAGGUUGCAGCUCCCCUUGAUGGUGAAUGAUAAGGAAAACGAGGAGAAGCUCUCUACUGCAUUCACUGUUUCUGUGGAUGCGAAACAUGGCACAACUACCGGUGUCUCAGCACGUGACCGUGCAACCACAAUAUUGGCUCUUGCAUCGAAAGAUUCCAAGCCUGAGGAUUUCAAUCGCCCGGGACACAUAUUUCCGCUGAAGUACAGGGAGGGAGGUGUCCUAAAACGAGCGGGACACACAGAAGCAGCUGUGGACCUUGCCGUGCUAGCCGGUUCUGACCCUGCUGGAGUUCUGUGUGAGAUUGUAGACGACGAUGGCUCCAUGGCUCGCUUGCCAAGACUGAGGCAGUUUGCUCAGCAAGAAAACUUGAAAAUUGUAUCCAUCGCUGAUUUAAUAAGGUAUAGGAGAAAGAGGGAUAGGUUAGUGGAGCAUGCUUCCGCUGCUCGUAUACCGACUAUGUGGGGUCCAUUCACUGCCCAUUGUUACAGGUCCAUCAUAGACGGGAUUGAACACAUUGCGAUGGUUAAGGGUGAAAUUGGCGACGGACAAGAUAUUCUUGUUAGAGUGCACUCGGAGUGCCUCACCGGCGACAUAUUUGGUUCGGCCAGAUGUGAUUGUGGGAGCCAGCUGUCACUUGCAAUGCAACAGAUUGAGGCAGCUGGGAAGGGUGUUCUAGUUUACCUCCGUGGUCACGAGGGGAGAGGAAUCGGUUUAGGCCACAAGCUCAGAGCUUACAAUUUGCAAGAUGCCGGACGUGACACUGUGGAGGCGAACGAGGAGUUGGGUCUCCCCGUUGACUCAAGGGAGUACGGAAUCGGUGCUCAGAUACUGAGAGAUCUUGGAGUUCGAACUAUGAAGCUGAUGACGAACAAUCCUGCAAAGUACAUCGGGCUCAAGGGCUACGGCCUGGCUGUUGCAGGCCGGGUUCCCCUCGUGACCCAAAUCACCAAGGACAACAAGAGAUAUCUAGAGACAAAACGCGCCAAAAUGGGGCACGUCUAUGGUUUAGACACCAAUGGUAAUCCAUCGCUCAUCACCAACAAGAAUGGCUCGACAUGAGGAGAAGCCCCACUGCAUCUCAUGAUGUUCUUACGAGAAUAACGGGUAAUAACACAGUUUCGGUUGAUCAUUUUUUCACUCCCUUGAGGAGAAAUUCUUGGCCAUCAUUCAUUAGAUCAUUCUUAUUCUUUGUUGCUUGGUUGUUUGUCAUAAGCUGUAAUAGAAAUUAGCAAAUGUGAUGCAUACACCUGAUGUUAACUGGCUUUGGUUUAGCUACCGUCUCAUUUCGUUGUCUAGAGUGUACGAUUGAUCGACACGAUCAAGACUCGAAGCUCGAAUCUGAUGGUUGUAUUGUAUCGGCCGAAUGCGAUGUGUAUUGAUUCACUAUUAUCAGUGAAAGAGUAGACAUUCUAAUGGAAGAUAUUGCAUCUUGGUUAA